AUUCUUCCACACGAGCCUGGUGAAAAUGGCGGAGCAAAGUUCUGUGCCGAGUGAUCUUUACAAACAUGUCUAUUCAUUUCUACUGGAGAAUAAGUUUACCAAGAGUGCCCAACAGUUCAUCAAACAAGCUAAAGUGCCACCCCAGGAUGAAAAAGAAGCUGCGGGUCUUCUUGACAUUUUCAACUUCUGGGUGAAGUCUCCCGAAGCUAAGAAACGCAAGGCGCUGCCCAUCGGUCCUAAAACCAGUGGCAGUCCGUCUGCUAAGAAGGCAAAGACUGCAGAGAGCUCCAGUGAGGAGUCAAGCAGUGACGAGGAGGAAGCAGCAGCACCUGUCGAGGCUGCACCCACAGCAGCCAAAGCUCCACGCCCGGCUAAAUCAGAUUCCAGCAGCAGUGAUGAUUCCAGUGAUGAGGAGGAGGCUGUAGCAAAGAAACCUGCAGCAGCCAAAGCCCCAGUGAAGACGCCCGCGGGGUCAGCAGUCAGGAAAAAGGCCUCCAGCAGUGAGUCGUCUGAAGAUGAGGCCAAAGCUCCUGCAGCUAAACGAAAGGCUCCUGCCGUGACCCCUAAGGCAGGAAAGGCUGCAGCCGUGACCCCUAAGGCGGGAAAGGCUACAGCCGUGACCCCUAAGGCGGGAAAGGCUACAGCCGUGACCCCUAAGGCGGGAAAGGCUACAGCCGUGACCCCUAAGGCAGCAGCUCAGAAGAAGACUGCGAGCAGCAGCAGUAGUGAAGACAGCUCCAGUGAAGACGAGGCGCCCACUAAGACCCCGGUGAAACCCUCUGGCCCUGUCAAGACCCCUCCAGCUAAGGACAGUAGUUCCUCAGACAGCAGCGAUGACAGCAGUGAUGAUGAUGAGGAGGAGAAGAAGAAGAAAGUGGCAGCUAAAGCAGCCCCGGUCAAAACCACCCCGGCCAAGACUGUGACCCCCAAAGCUGCCGCAGCUGCCAAGAAGGCAGAGUCUAGCUCUGAGAGCACAGACUCCAGCUCUGAAGAAGAAGAAGCAGCAAAGAAGCCAGUGGCCAAGUCUACCCCGGCCAAGUCUACCCCGGCCAAGUCUACCCCGGCCAAGUCUACCCCGGCCAAGUCUACCCCGGCCAAGGCUACCCCAGCAGAAGACUCUGACUCCAGCUCUGAGGAUGAAGAAGAGGCUAAGAAGCCAGAAGUAAUAAGGGUUAAGUCCACAGCUGUCAAAAUAACAGUUACCCCUGCCAAGGAAGACUCUUCCUCAGACUCCAGCUCAGAGGAGGAGGAGGAGGGUUCGAAGACUGUGAAAGUAACGCCAGCUACAGCAGCAGUAACGGUGGCAAAGGUAAAGGAGCAGGGGGCCAAGACUGUGACUGUCGCGGGGGCCAAGGCUACUGUGAAGGUGGUGGAAGACGGCUCCUCUUCCUCGAGCUCCGAGGAUGACGAAGAGGGGACAGUGAAAGUAGCACCAGCUAAGGUGACUCCUACCGUGACCCGGGGCAAGGCUGCUGAGUCCUCCUCGGACUCUGACUCAAGCUCAGAAGAUGAGGAAGAGGCUAAAAAGCCAGCAGCCAAGGUGACUCCAGCGAAGACUGCCCCAACUAAGAAAUCAGACUCUUCCAGCUCUGACUCUGACAGCAGUUCUGAGGACGAGACACCAGCUAAACCUGCUGCAGCUGCCCCAGCCAAGGCCCCAGCCAAGGCUGCUACAGAAAACAGCUCGGACUCCGAGUCUUCUUCUGAAGAUGAUGAACCCCCAGCUAAGAAGGCUACCCCAGCCUCUGUUGCUAAACCAGGCUCCAAACCAGCCACCUCGGUUACUAAACCAGGCUCCAAACCAGCCACCCCGGUUACUAAACCAGGCUCCAAACCAGCCACCCCGGUUACUAAACCAGCCUCCAAACCAGCCACCCCAGUGGUGACUAAAUCAGCCCCAGCCAAAGCAGCAGCCGAGAGCAGCUCCGAUUCAGACAGCUCGGACUCGGAGGACCAGGCUGCUGCCGCCAAGAAGACCACCACCAAACCUGCAGCCAAGAGUCCUGCCGUCAAGACACCGGCUAAAGCUGCAGAGUCGUCAUCGUCCGAGGAGAGUAGCUCUGAGGAAGAAGAGGCCAGUAAAAAGGCUGUAAAACCCGCCACCACCCCCAAGACCACCGCAGCAGCCAGACCUAAAGCCAAGGAGGACAGCAGCUCUUCAAGUGACUCCAGCGAUGAAGAGGCAGCAGCGCCCAAACCAGCAGCAGUGAAGGCUACAACCCCAGCCUCAGCUAAAAAGGCAGCCGAAAGCAGCUCGGACUCUUCCGACAGUUCCGACUCGGAGGUGGAGACAGAGGCCGCCAAGACGACGCCCGCUAAGCCUGCUCUGACCAAUGGAAAGCCAGCUACACCCAAAGCAACCACCUCUGCAGUCAAGGCAACUAAACCGACCAAGGCUGCCGAGUCUUCCUCUUCCGAGGAGAGUAGCUCUGAGGAAGAGGAGGCCAGUAAAAAGACUGCCACCCCCAAGACCACCCCCAAGACUACCCCAGCAGCCAGACCUAAAACCAAGGUGGCCAGCAGCUCAUCAGACGACUCUUCUUCAGAAGAAGAAGAGGCGGCGGUGAAAGCACCGGCAGCAGUCACCACUCCCAUCGCUAACGGCACUGUAAACGGUAAGAGAAAAAGGAAUGGAGAAGCCUCGUCAGAGGAUGAGGAAGAAUUAACGACACCUAAAAAUAAGAAGGCAACAACAACUAAACCACAGACGUUCCCUAAAGUCUCUAAGAAGAUCAAUGUACCUUUCCGUAGAAUAAGAGAGGAGGACAUUGAUGUGGAUAACCGACUGGCCGAUAACUCCUUCGACGCCAAGCGCGGGUCGGAUGGAGACUGGGGCCAGAGGGCCAAUGACGUGCUCCGCUUCACCAAGGGAAAGUCCUUCCGCCACGAGAAGACCAAGAAGAAGAGGGGUAGCUACUGUGGAGGAGCCAUCUCCCAGUCCGUCAACUCCAUCAAGUUCGACAGCGACUGAGAACCUAGUCAUCGUUUGUCACUACCCCUCUCUCUCCUCUCUCUCGACCCAGGACUAUCUGAGGACCAGGACAGUCUGCCCCCCCCCCCCCCCGACCCCCUCAGCAGCAACCUGACUGAGCUGAAGAUCAUGAACUAGAUCUGAGACUGCUGCACUCAUAUAACUGGCUGGUGAUUUUUAGUUCGUACGUCUGUGUUAAACCAGUCCUUUAAAAUGCACAUUUGUGGAAUGACGGGUGUAGAAGUGGAGACUAGCUUUCCUUGAAAUGGCACCCUAUUGCUAUGUAGUGCACUGCUUUUGACCUUAUUGAAAGUAGUGCACUAUACGUAGGAAAUAGGGUACCAUUUAGGACACAGGUAAGGCUGCAGGGGAGGUCUUGACUGUCUCCCCUGUGCUUUCAGGACGGAUCACAAAGGAUUCAUGUACAACAUAUAGCCACCAGGUGGCGGUAGUACGCCACAUUUCAAUUUAAACUGUUCAGAUUUCUUGUUUCCUUUUUCUCUCAGCCCGUUAAUCUGUUGCUUGCUGUGAUAUUGUUGGCCUGGAUCUCACACCUUCUGUCCAGUGAUUUAAAAAAUAAUGAUAAUUCAGUGGUAAAUUUAAAUUCUGUUUCUUGUGUAUUGCAGUUUGCAUUGUCAGACACAUUGCGGGGAGAAGGGUUAUUUGUUUGAUUUUUUGUAUGGAACAUGCAGACCUGUGGUUUGAGAGUUGAAUGAAAUGUUCUUUAGUUUCUCUUUGGUAUGAUUAUUAUGGUGUGAAUCUUUCGUAGUGGGUGCGUUCCAGGCUGACUACAUUGCAGUGGCCUACCAGAUCUCACGCCUGGAUAAGGAUUCAACCGCUGCAAUGUAGUCUGUUUGGAACGUACCCGUUUUCUUCUACUGCAGACUCAUGUACGGCCGUCACGGUUUAGAUUUUGUAGGUUUUAUGUCACUAUUUAAGUUUUUCAGCCUGGGAUCAUCCAACUGUCAUUACAAGCUGCAGUCUAAAAAAAAAAAAAACUUCCUGGGUCGUGUUCAGUAGGGUAUACUGAAACAAAACGUUUUGAAACGGUAAACUCAGUAUGUUGUGCCUACUGAACAGGAUCUGGUUGCAUCUGAAAUGGCACCCCAUUCACUCCUGGUCGUAAGUAGUGUACCGUAGGGAAUACGCUGCCAUUUCAGAUGUGAUGAUGUUUCCUGCUGAGGUGAAACUGCCAGGUGGUUCAGCAACCAGCCCCAAGUUGUUUUAAUUUUGUGAAUUUUCAAUUUCCUGUUUCUAUUCCUAUAAACACCCUUAGUCUUAUCGAGUAUUAGUAUUAUUAUUACUUGAAUAAAAUACUUGGUUGUCCCAAUCUCUCCUUCCUCCCUCCACAUUCAAAAGCUGUCUUUUCCUUUGAUUUGUGAACUUAGAGGAGUUUCAGCAACUCCUGGAGGACAGGAAUUAAAUAAAAAAAAUGUUUUACCAUUUGAUUUA